UCGAGAUAAUUUUCUGCAGAUUGUUUUGGGAAGGGAGCAAACUUUUUCCACUUUUUUCUCAACUAACAUACAUUGUGUACUUUGGGGUUGAAAUUGGAAAAUUUCCCAGGAAACGGAUGACUAUUACUUUGCAUGAUCCAGAUUGAGUAAAUACACAAUUAUUAAUUUAGCAUGAAUUCAGUAUUUCCUAACUUCUAAUCCACAGAGUGAAAACAGAUAUCUUUGGAGCUCCACGGGAGAUACCAACCCUUUCAGAAUGGAUGGCAAGCACCAGCAGCAUGCUGUGGAUAUUGAACAACACCCGACUGAGUUGUUACCCAGAAAUCCCUAUGGUUCAAACGAAGGAACACAUUGUGGUUGUAGAUUGCCUGUUGUGACCUUACAGCCGCAGUGGGCAGCAGCAAAGCCGUGGUCACCCUGGAAAACAUUUCUGCUGUGUCUCCUGGCCUGUCUCAUUGCCACAGCCCUUGUUGUUCUGCUCUUCUAUUUUGUCCACUUGGGCAAGCCCACGGCCGGCACCACCAUCGUCGUUCAUGCUGACGGCAAGUCCAGUCAUGUCACCUGCAUUCCUGGUGCUGCCCCAUCUCCGGGCCCAUCCUCCCUGCCUGUAUCUCAGAGCGCUCUGCCUCCUACUCCGGGGACCAACCACAGCUCCUCUACCCCGGGGCUCCCAACUCCUAUGGAGACGACUAUGAGCUCAACGUUGGUCCACGAAGUUGAAAUUGAAGAUGAAGAAUGAUAUUUGGGGGGUGUCGUCAGCCCUUCUCAAGCCAGACCCACCCACUGAUCUUGAAUGAAGCAUGUCCAAGGUAUUCUCCCCUCCAGCCGAGAGGUUCCAAAGCAUUUAGCUUUAUGAGACUUGCCCUCUUGCUCAGUCAUUUGCUGUGUUCCAUAUGAGAAUGAUACCAGUGUUCUCAGUCAAGGACCCUCAAAUCUUCAAAUGAUUGGAAAAGAAAAAUUUCAACUGAGCUCAGUUGAUUCAUCCUGGCUAGGGCCCAGAGUCUCUUUUCAUCCUGUAAAACCCAUCUUAAUUUCAUUAAUGAGGAUUUCAACUGCUGGAGAAGCUGCCUGCCUCCUGUAUGUUGGCUCUCAAGCCACUAUUUACCAUCCAGUUAUUGAUUAUUUCCCAAUCUCAUACACUUGACUCUUUUCGGUAUUUAUAUUCCAAUAUGGAGAUAAGGAAGUGUUCAAUUAAUGUGGUUAACGAAUAUAAAUUAUUAGGGAACUAUUCAUCAUUACAGAAGUUUUCCUACUAUUGGGGGGAAAGGAGGGCUGAUCAAUGAGGUUAGAAAUGAUAAAGAUAGGUUUCAGAGGAGGGCUGAAAGUUAAACAAAGGUGGAAGUUUAAGGGGAGAUCAUUAAAACAGAAAACGAGAGGGCUAAGGGGAUUUGAUAGAUUUAAAAUCCAAAACAUACUUAGAAACACUUCAAAUGUAACAAAUGGUGUCUUUUCUCUAUACUUUUUUCUGAUAGUGUCAAUAUUAUUUUCUGUACUUGAUAUUUUGCUUAAAGUACUAUAACCUGCUGCUUACAAAAUUUGAACUUUUAUAUUGUUUUAUACUUUGUAACUUUGAGGGCACAUGGUUUAUAAUUUGGUGUGAAACACAAGACCCUUGUUCAAUGUUACUUGUAUUUUGAGUGUUUAACACUCACUAGAAACAUAAACACUUUAUUUUGGAGACUUUGGGGUUAAAAUCAACCUGCCCAUUCCAUCCUCAACCUCCAAACUCCACAAAAGAGGAAGACUGGUCGGAGAAGGCAGCUCCUGUUCAAAGACUCAGACCCUACGGGAGGCAGUAGACCCAGGAUGUCUUUGGCACAGCAUCGGAGGUUCUAAAUAGGUUCCAAAAGGAUUAAAAGAUUUUAUGUUAUAUGCCAUUCUAGGUUCAUUUGCUGUAGCCAAUAAUAGAACAUGUAAAUUACACAAACCUUGGGGCUUUAUUGAGUAAUUAGGCUCUGCCCAAGAAAAAUUAGAAAUGUGGUCGUUCUCUAGGUAAUUGUUACUUCUACAGUUUAAUAAAAUCUCUUUUAAAAUUAA